AUGAUGAAUCCUUCUUCUUCCUCACCUCCUCCUCUUCCUCCUCUUCCUCCUCUCAGGAAUCUUCCUUCUUCUGAAACAACUCGAUUGAAAAUGUUUCAAUCCGUUUUUGAUCCUUCCGAUUUAUUUCAUUUCAUCGUGAUGAGUGGAUUUCUACAGCUUGAUCAUGUGCUUGGCCUUCGGUUGGUUUGCAAACUAUGGAAUGAGCACAUUAUGCUCGAGGGGAAGGGAUGGAAUGCCUUUCAGUAUCAUGUUCUCAUUCGUAAAUUUCAUUUGAGCCUUCCAUCCGAACACAAGGUCCCUUCUUCUCUUUCGUUAUCAUCAUCGUCUUCGUAUGAAACCAUCAAACUCUUCUUUUCCAUUGCAAAAGCCUGCAAUUCAGUUCGUACUGGAUUGGCACAUCCUUACUUUUGUGCGUUUCGUGAAGGGAAUGUUUUUCAAGGUGAAACAAAUCACACCAUGAUGAUGGAAACAAGAAUGGAUUUUGAGGAAGAUCUUGCAGGACAAUUUCUUUCUGAAAAGUUUUAUCGUUCAAUGCCGCAUGUUACUCCCAUGUUGAACAAGGAACUUAAUGUGGUUUUGGAUUACAUUCCUUCGUUUUUGUGGGCUAAAAUAUGUUAUUGGGCUAAUUUGAAUCAUGGUCAAUGGUUCAAUCGAAAGGACAGUUGUCAACAACAAGAUCAUGACAACAAUCAGCACAAUUUUGUGGUGAGCUCAAUAUUGUGGACACAACGAAUUUUCACCUAUUCCUAUGAUGAAUUUAAUUUCGACAUGGUGAUUCAUUUUGAAGGAAGCUUUUUUGCAUCAAAGAAGAGAAUGAUUGAAAAAUUGUUUCUCGUGGAUGCAGUGGAACUAACAAUUCAAAAAGAGGCACCAAUUCCAUUGGAUCCAACAAUUUAUGACAAAAAAUUUAAUUAUGUUUUAACGAGUUCUUGUUUUGAGACUGAUCAAAGUCAUGAUAUCUGUAAAGUUAUUACAACGUUUGGCGAAUUUAAAUUGAGAUAUAUUGAUACCUAUUUUCUGAAUCAUUAUAGAGACUCUAACCAGUUGGUUAAAGAUCCAGUUCCCAAAGGACUUGAUGCAUUUUUCAAUUCAGAAUUACAACAAACUUUAUUCCAAUUUUGGUCAAAGGGUUUGUUGCAUGUGAAAUUUAUAAGAAAUUUCUUUGUAAGAUUGUUAUUGGCACUUGCACACAAAAGACACGAUUGGUACUCACUUUCAUUCCAUGAUUCCAUUCAGGAGAGUUGUCCCAACAUGAAAGCUACAAAUGGAGUCAUUGAAUGGUUUCAUGAAUUUGUUCAAACGAAAAAACAAGAAUAUUCAGAAAUUUGGCACACUUUUAUCAAUGAUCAUGAAGUUUUUCAAGGAUUUCAUGAGGGAGAGAAAAUUCAAUCCUAUUUGGUGAUCUUAAUGCUUAAACCUAAUAUGGAAACCCAAUCCUGUCCAUUCCAACUUGUGAAAUAUUUAUUUUAUGAAUACAAACUUGAUGGAGAAAUAUUGAGUUAG